AUGUAUGGGCUCUACAUGUGCCUUGACUUCAUCUCAAGCAAAGCUUGCCAGAACUGCAUAGCCACCGCAAUAGAGGACAUCCUCAAACUCUGUCCCCAAUCACAAGAAGCUGUUCUUUGGGAGGAGAGCUGUCAGAUGCGUUAUUCCAAUACCAACUUCAUCGGCACGCUGAAUGACACAGGGAACAUAGGCAAAGACAAUGUUCAAAAUGUGUCAGAACCACACAAAUUUCAGUCUUCUGUGAACCAGAUGCUGAGUAAUCUUUCGGCCACCGCAGCUUUUAAUGUUUCGGCAAACAUGUAUGCCACCGGAGAAGCUCCCUUUGGAGAUGAAACAAUAUAUGCCUUAGUGCAGUGCACAAGAGAUUUAUCAGCCAAUGAUUGCAGCAAGUGCCUCAAAAGUGCUAUGAAAGACAUACCAAGCUGUUGCUAUGGCUCCAUCGGUGCCAGAGUCCUGAGCCGCAGUUGUUACCUCAGAUAUGAAUUUUAUCCCUUCUAUCUUGGUGCCACAGGGCCCUUAAGUCCUUCACCCCGCACAAAUCAAGGCAAAAAUAGUUCAAGGUCGAGCAAAGUAUGGAUUAUUACGGGAAUUGCGGUUGCACUUGUCCUAUGCUUGACAAUUAUUUUCAUUUAUUGCAUGUAGUUUACACGGAACAAGAAAACACACAAGCGGGAUGAAGCAGUGUUCCAUCAUCCAGAUUUUCCACGAUUACAUGGCGUAAUAUCCGAGGACUCCCCUUAUAUUGAUUUUGGAUCACUUUGUGUUGCUACCAAAAACUUUUCUGAUUCAAAUAAACUUGGACAAGGUGGC